AUGUUUUUCUUUGGAAAAGGAAUGUUUCCUCAAACAGGCGAGUGGGCUGGCGGUGAAGCCGCAUUUCCGGCAGCGAUCAAAGCAUUAGAUCAAAUCAAUCAACGCGAAGACAUUUUACCCGGUUAUUAUCUAAAUCUUUCCGCAUACGAUACCAGGUGUUCUGCUGGUCUCGGUACCACAAUUUUGUAUGAACUUCUUUAUAACAAAACGUUUGGCAAUGUAAAUAGUUCGAUCUUAAUGUUACUCGGACCGGCAUGUAGUCCCGUGUCAACAGCUGUUGGAGAAGCAGCAAAAAUGUGGAAUUUAAUUGUUCUUUCAUACGGUUCAAGUUCACCAGCAUUAUCAAAUCGUGCUCGUUUUCAUACUUUUUUUCGUACACAUCCUCCUGCGACAUUACACAAUCCUACACGGAUCAAAUUUUUCGAAUUAUUCGGCUGGAAGCGUAUCGCAAUAUUGAUUCAGACUGAAGAAGUUUGGCAAUCAACGGCGGAAAAUUUGGAAGUUUUAGCACGGAAACACAAUGUUCAUAUUGCUGUUCGGCAAUUGUUUGACAAUGAUCCUUCACAUGCAAUAAGUAACUUGCAGAAAGAUGAUAUUCGUAUUAUUGUCGGACUCUUCUACGAAGAAAAGGCGAGAAAAGUCUUUUGCAAAGCCUAUCAGCAAAAAUAUUUUGGAGAGAGUUACGUUUGGUGGUUGAUUGGUUGGUACGCGGAUAAUUGGUUUUUAAAAAUCGAUGAUAUCGAUUGUACAGCCGAUGAAAUGUCUCGAGCAGUCGAAGGUCAUUUCACAACCGAAAUUCAAAUGUUAACUGAUUCAACAACACGAACGAUAUCAGGCUUAACAGCACGAGAAUUUAUUACUGAUUUAAACACAACAUUGAAACAAUUAUUUCCAAAUAAACCAGUUGAAUCAGUCGGAGGUUAUGUCGAAGCACCUCUCGCUUACGAUGCCACAUGGGCAUUGGCAUUGGCAUUGAAUCGAUCGUUAGAACGAACAAAUUUAGAGGAGUGGAGUUAUGGAAAUGUGAAUAUGAAAGAAAUCAUGAUGGAUGAUAUGAAAAAAACAGAUUUUUUUGGUGUUUCCGGCGCGGUGAAAUUCGACGAACUAGGAAAUCGAAUGUCAAAAGUUGUUGUUGAACAACUACGAAAUGGAUAUUAUCACCGUUUGGCUCGAUUUGAUGCUGAAAAAGGCUCAAUUGAAUGGUUAAACGGUGAAGAACCGGAUGGUAGUCGAUGUUGGAACUACAAACACAACUAUUCAUCCGGCUAUGAAAAACGUCGUUUAGCUCCUUACGACCAAAUGCAAAUCUCCAAUAAAGUUUUAGAAAUCUCCCGAACGUUAUAUUUAACCAUGAGCUGUUUUGCUGCACUUGGUUUACUAUUUUCUCUCGUCUGUCUUGUAUUGAACAUUGCCUAUCGAAAGCGCAAAUUCAUUUGGCAAUCGAAACCUAUGUAUAAUAAUUGUGCUUUGAUCGGAGGUAUUAUCUGUUUGGUUGAUGUAUUUUUACUCGGGGCGGAUAGUCAAACGGAUAAUCCAACACGUUUUGUCAAACUUUGUCAAUUGAAAGGUUCACUUCUCGCAGCUGGCUUUUCUAUAUGUUAUGGUGGGUUAUUAGCUAAACUUGUUCGAACAUAUCUUCUCUCAACAAAGAAAACUAUUAAUCGUUUGUGGUCAAUGUGUGAAUUAUUUAUCAUUGUGGGAUGUUUACUAUUGAUUGACUUGAUUGUUUUUAUCAUUUGGCAUAUAAAAGAUCCAUUAGUAUUCACAUCUGAACCGACAGGUGAUAGUUCGAUCUUACACGACGUGAAAACUGUUUUUAAAUUUCAACAAUGUCGAUCAAAACAUCAUAUGAUCUGGAUUGGAUUACUCUAUUCGAUCAAAGGCAUUCUAAUUGUUAUCGGAAUCUAUUUAAGUUAUGAAACACGUGCUAGUAAACUCGAAAUGAUAAACGACGCACAUUUAGUUCGAAUGUGUACUUAUAAUAUCUUCAUUGUAUGUUUGAUUUCGGCAUCAUUAACGUUAAUUAUCGAACGUAAUCAAGAUGCUGAUUUUGCUUUUGCAUCAAUUGCGAUUAUUCUCUGUUGUUUUGUUUCCUUCGGUUUGAUAUUUUUGCCGAAAAUUCUUUGUCUUGUUCGUGGUCGCGAUCAAUCACUUUCUUCAAUCGGCAACAAAGAUCAAGCAAUCUCGAAUUCAACAGGCACUGGUCAUGGAUCGAAUUCGACCACGCAACAAUUGAGUAGUGAAGAUGAAGAGAAACAUCGAAAAUUAGUUGCAGAAAACGAACAAUUAAAAGCAUUGAUUGCCGAACGUGAAGCCCGAGUGAAUGAAUUAAUUGAAAAACUGAAACAACACGGAAAUAAUGUUGUCAUACGUGAUGUUCAACGCUUUACAACCAAUGCCAAUCCAAAUCAAACAUCUGCGAAUCAUGACGGAGAAUCAACAGGAUUGAUUGAUUCAACUGCAUAUGUUAUGCGUCGCCGAUCAACAUUUGCCAAUCCGAUUACAUUAAGCACACAUCUUUCUAAUACGGCUAUAUCGACGACAACAACAUCAGCUACAGGCAAAGUUAUGGAAGUGCCUGCUGAAACGAAUCACAAACAUUCCUCAACAUCAUCUUAUCGAGAAUCGGUUUGUUGA